AUGUCUGAAGCCAAAGUGGCCGAGGCCGCUGCCAAUGGCAAGCUGCCAGACGGCAUCACCGAGGCCUUUCUCAACGAAUCCAAGGAUCGGCCUGCCAUCAUUGCCAUUGUGAUUGUGGCCGUACUGACAUGCUCCGUGGUUCUCUGUCGCCUGGCCUCGCGAGCAUUCGUCGUCAAGCGUAUCGGUAUUGACGAUGGCCUGGCCUUGGCAUCUCUGUCUUGCUUUAUAGCAUUUGUUGCUCUUUGCAUUCACCUGAUACGACUCGGUUCGGGUCGCCACUUUGCGUACAUUGAGAUUAUCCUCGACAACGACACGCAGCUAUUGACGCAGCUGGUGGACUUUAUCGCCCACAUCAUCUACACGAUUGCGCUGCUCCUUUGUCGCGUGUCUGGACUGGCGUUUUACUAUCGGCUUUGCAACAUGCAUCACAAGUUCAAAAUCGCAAUUCAAGCCGUCUUUGGGAUCCUCAUUGCAGGAUUUCUACCGCAAAUCUUUUUAAUCAUUUUUCACUGCAAACCGGCCACGGGGUAUUGGCCCUACGAGUUCCAACCCGAGUUUAAGCGUUUCCAAUGCCUCCAAUGGGGUUUGGUGUACAGUGUCAACUCAUCCGUAUCGCUGCUGUGCGACUUGCUCAUCUUUGGUAUUCCUAUUGCAAUGCUCUGGACCUUGGAGAUGAAUCGCAAGAGAAAAAUUCAGCUUGGAUCGAUUCUCUUGCCUGGAAUUCUAGUGAUUGCCAUCUCCAUUGCACGAUUGAUUCUGGUAAUUCGUGGUCAAUGGGAAGCCGACAUGUCGUGGGAGUACAAUCCAAUGCUGGGCGUUGAAGUGGCCGAGAUUGGCGCGACCUUGAUUGCGCUAUCUGUUCCCGGCGUCAAACCCAUCUUUGACAAGUUUGUCCUGGGCAAAAAACAUACUGGCGAGACGUCGGGUUCGACGGGACGUGGGAAACAGAACAAGACGACUGACUCGGGCGCCACGAAACUCGGCACCCUCAGACAGCGGAGCGAACACCUGGCGAGCCGAGACGAGAUUGUUGCGCCCAACUACGAGACGGCGGUGAGCGCCGGAAACAAUAUCAGUCUGGAUGAUUUUCACAGCGCCAAAUCAACAGAUGGCAUCUAUGUCAAGGUGGACUUUGACAUACAAGAAGGACAGGCUCGCCGGUAG